AUGUCUUGCUACGACCUGUGCUCCACUGCUGUUGGUGGCAUCAACCGCCCCCAGCCCCUUGCUGACAGUGGGAAUGAACUGUGUCAGUGCGCUGACUCUACAACUGUGAUCCAGCCACCUCCAGUCAUCAUCACCUUCCCAGGCCCCAUCCUCAGCUCCUUCCCACAGGAUUCAGUUGUGGGAUCCUCUGGAGCACCUGUCCUUGGGGGCUAUGGGAGCUCCCUUGGCUAUGGGCGUUAUGGCUCCCUGGGCUAUGGGGGUCUGAAUGACUAUGGGGGCUCCCUGGGUUACAGGGGCCUGUAUGGCUAUGAUAGAUCCUAUGGUUCUGGCUCUUGCAGCCCUUACUCCUACCAGUACAGCAGGUACAGCCGUGGCAGCUGUGGGCCCUGCUAA